AGCUGGGGGAAGUCGAUCUUGAGAUUUCCAACUGUCCUGGCUUUCCAACUCUGAGAGCUCCCCCUCCCCCGACCCACCCACCCACCGCUCCCGAUGUCCGAUCUCCGUCCGCCGGAGCACCAAGUAGCCGGCCACCGCGCGGCCGUCAACAAGCUGGGCCCGCUCGUCGACGGUGCCGGCCUCUUCUACAAGCCGCUCCAGGCCCUCGACCGCGGCGAGCAAGAGCUCGCCUUCUACACGGCCUUCUCCGCCCACCCCGCUGUCCCGCCCCGCAUCCGGGACACCUUCUUCCCGCGCUUCCACGGCACCCGCCGCCUCCCCACCGCGGCGAGCCCCGGUGAGUCCCAUCCUCACCUCGUCCUCGAUGAUAUCCUCGAUGGCCUCGCCGCGCCCUCCGUCACCGACAUCAAGAUCGGCGCGUGCACGUGGCCCCCGCGCGCGCCGGAGCCUUACGUCGCCAAGUGCCUUGCCAAGGACCGCGCAACCACUAGCGUCCUCCUCGGUUUCCGCGUCUCCGGCAUCCGGGUCGCCGACGCCGGCGGCGCCGUUUGGCGGCCGGACAGGUCGGAGCUGAAGGGGACGGACAUACCCGGUGUCCGUCGCUUCCUCCGCCGCUUCGUGUCCUCUGUUGGCGGCGACGGUCUGGACUGCGCACUCGCCGCGGCAGUAUAUGGAGGUGAAGGCGGAGUGUUAGCGCAGCUGCGCGAGCUGAAGGCGUGGUUCGAGGAGCAGACGCUGUUCCACUUCUACUCGGCAUCCGUUCUAUUGAGCUACGAUGCCAAUGCGGCGUCCCUGGCCGGUGGCAGCGUCGGCCGCGCGGUAAGGGUAAAGCUGGUGGACUUCGCACAUGUGGUCGAGAGCGAGGGAGUGAUUGAUCACAACUUCUUGGGCGGGCUCUGCUCGCUCAUCAAGUUCAUAGAUGACAUUGUCGCUGAGGUGUCUCGGACGGCGCCUGCAGGUCAUUCAUAAGGAGAUUUUGGCUUUUGGGAGGUGAUACAAAAGAUGAACUACUUGUCCUUACUACCAACUGCCCAUGAUCAGAGAAAGCAACUUGGUGGUGAUGAAAGCGGAGACAAGUCACGGCUGCCUCGACGGCAACCAUACUGCAACAUGUACCUUUUUUCAAUACAAAUCUCUUCAUAAAAGAAAAAACAGAAAACUUUGGGAUUCCAGCACAUUGGUUCUGGAUAGAAAAUAAGAAAUGAAAAACAAAGGUGGCCAUUGAGUCUAACCUGGUAAUGGUGCAUGCUGGCGUGUUGAUUCAUUAACUGGAAAUGGUGCAUAUCA